CUCGUUCACUGCGAUUACUAGUUUUACACUUUAAACGUCUAUCCAAGCCCUGCAAAUGUCAUCAAACAGUGGUAUUCAAAUCCCCAGCCGACUGCCUUUGCUGUGCACUCAUGAUGGAGUGCUGUUACCGGGCUCGACCAUGAGAAUCAGCGUCGACACUGCGAGAAACAUGCAGUUAGUCAAAAGCAGACUGCUGAAGGGAACCUCGCUAAAAAGCACCAUCAUCGGGGUUAUUCCUAACACCAGAGACCCCGAGCACGACAGCGAUGAGCUCCCGUCCUUACAUAGUAUUGGCACAGCAGGACUGGCAGUCCAGGUUGUGGGCAGCAACUGGCCGAAACCGCACUACACUCUGCUCAUUACGGGGUUGUGUCGCUUUCGUGUGACCCAGCUGCUGAAAGAGAAACCCUUCCCCGUGGCAAAGGUGGAACAGCUAGACAAACUGGAGCAGCACACAGAGGGAGAUCAGGCUGAUGGAGAGCUUGGGGAGCUGUCACAGAGGUUCUAUCAGGCAGCUGUACAGCUGGUUGGGAUGUUGGACAUGUCAGUACCUGUGGUGGCUAAACUCAGGUGGUUGUUGGACAGUCUCCCUAAAGAAACCCUGCCGGAUGUCCUGGCCUCCAUGAUCCGCACUUCCAACAAAGAGAAACUGCAGGUGCUGGAUGCGGUAGACUUGGAGGAACGGUUUAAGAAGGCUCUUCCCCUACUCACCAGACAAAUUGAGGGGCUCAAAUUGCUGCAAAAGACCCGGAAACUCAGACCUGAUGAUGACAAGAGAGUGUUGGCCAUCCGUAAAGGUGGUGUAUUCCCAGGCCGUCAGUUCUCACUGGAUGAGGAGGGGGAGGACGAAGAUAGUGAUGACACAGCUAUGCUGGAGAAGAAAGUGAAGGCGGCGGCUAUGCCGGAAGCAGCACUGCGCGUGUGUCUCAAGGAGCUAAAACGAUUAAAAAAGAUGCCACAGUCCAUGCCAGAAUAUGCGCUCACCCUCAACUACCUGGAGAUGAUGGUAGAGCUUCCCUGGAGCAAAAGCUCUACAGAUUGCCUGGACAUCCGGGCGGCACGGGUGCUGUUGGAUAAUGAUCACUAUGCCAUGGAGAAGCUGAUGAGAAGGGUGCUGGAGUAUCUGGCUGUGCGGCAACUCAAGAGCACCCUUAAGGGACCCAUACUGUGUUUUGUGGGACCCCCUGGUGUGGGAAAGACCAGCGUUGGGCGUUCCAUCGCUCGCACUCUGGGUCGAGAGUUCCAUCGCAUUGCCUUGGGGGGAGUCUGUGAUCAGUCUGACAUCCGUGGAAACAGGCGCACGUACGUAAGUAGCAUGCCUGGUUGCAUUAUAAAUGGACUGAAGACUGUUGGGGUAAACAAUCCUGUCUUUUUAUUAGACGAGGUGGACAAACUGGGGAAGAGCCUGCAGGGAGAUCCUGCUGCCGCCCUGCUGGAGGUUCUGGACCCAGAGCAGAACCACAGCUUCACCGACCAUUACCUCAACGUGCCAUUUGACCUCUCACAAGUCCUCUUCAUCGCCACAGCAAACACCACGGCCACCAUCCCUCCUGCCUUACUGGACAGAAUGGAAGUCCUCCAGGUGCCAGGAUACACCCAGGAGGAGAAGGUAGAAAUCGCCCAUCGGCACCUGAUCCCUCAUCAGCUGGAGCAGCACGGACUGACCCCACAACAGCUCCAGAUCCCACAGGACACCACAAAGGAUAUCAUCAGCAAGUACACACGGGAGGCAGGCGUGCGCUCUUUGGAGAGGAAGAUCGAGGCCAUCUGUCGAACAGUGGCUGUGAAGUUCGCUGAAGGUCAUAAGGUCUCUAGAGCAGAGUCCCCCACUGAACAACAUGCAGACCAGAAUACAGAGAACAAGAAGGAGGAUUCUGGGAUAGCGGCACCUCCAGAGAUGCCAAUUGUUAUUGACCCCAUUGCCCUUAAGGAUAUUCUUGGACCGCCAGUCUUUGAAAUGGAGGUGGGAGGUAUAAAGGAUAAAGUAUUGGCAGCUCACCGGGCCAAUCUGAAACGAGUUAUCAUUCCCAAGCGCAAUGAGAAAGAUCUGGAGGAGAUACCUCCCCAUGUGCGAGCUGACCUGGAUUUUGUUUUCGCCAGCACUUUGGAUGAAGCCCUGAAUGCAGCCUUUGAUGGCGGGUUUCCCGCGGCUGUCAGUCAUCUACAAGUUGUCAGCAAACUCUGAGACUGUAGUUGCUAGACAAACUAGCAACUAGAC